UCUGCAUCAUGGCUGGGGCGAGGGGCGACGUUAUGGUACAGGGGGAGGCUGAGAGGCUGGUGGAGGAGAUUCGAGUGUUCGGAAUCGAAGAGAUCGGGCUGAAAGCGUGGACGAAGCAGCACCAGGUCAUCGAGAAGCUGAACAUGCAGGCCCAGAUCAGCGUCAUGAACCAAUCCGAUGAGUAUGUUGUAGAGGCCCUGAUAGACCACGAGAAGAUUUCAACAUUGAUCCACUGCCUGAUUGUAUGUGAGGUAUGGAAGGACACAGUGCUGGUAAAGGUACAGCAAGACUUAGCAAGCUCUCAUUACGUCAAGCUCUACCUCAUCAUGUACCAUGAAGCUGUCAUCCUCGGUUUACUCGAGAAAGCCUUCUACCAUUCGUCGGCCGUGAGCAUGGCGGGAGAUAGUCUCAUCGAGCUCUCAGAUUACUGCUAUAGGAAGACUGUUUAUCUUAACAGCUUUCACUCUGAUACUGAAGAAGAAUCACCCAAGAGAGAUCAAAUUCUCAAUAUGAAAGACAUUGAAAGAUUGGAGGAACAAAAGAAGAAAAUUGACUUCUCAUGUGCUAUCAGUGCUCUGACAGUGUUGCGGUUCAUUGUCGAAAAUGCCGAAACUGUUCCCAUAUCUGUUUUGAGCAGAUUGCUCACCGAACAGGACAUUAUGCAAACGUUGAUACCCUUAUUAGAUGAUGCACCGUGGACUCGGAAGAAGGACAAAGUGAUAGAGAAAUACGAGGAUGGAAAAUGGAUAGAGGUUUCUCAGGAUGAUUUACACCGAAUUUCAAAAACAGAGGCACAGGUUUGGUUGACUCUGAACUGCCUUCUCCUACAUCCUGAAUGCCGAAGAAAAUAUGAAUGGACUGAGAACAGAAAGUCCCUCGUCAUGAAAUUGAGCAAAUACUUCAACGAGCUCCUUAUUGAUCAACUCCCCAUUCUGUCUGAGAUGAGAAGGUUGGUUGAAACUCUUGCAUUCAGUGCACCCAAUUCAGGGACAGAACCGCGAUCUGUCGUGAUAGAACAGAUUCCUGAACUCCGAGAUAAGAUUAUGCGGGUGAAUCGCUCGAUUACCUGUAGCGAUUGUAUGACUGGUUGUGGCCAGAGCGAUUUCAAGGCGAUCGCUGCGAUGUUUAAGUCCAAAAUGCAGAACGAAAGCCCGGAAGAUCAGAAGGCGGAGAUGAGUGAGCUAGCCGCAAUGUAUGACAUGCUGAAUGUCGAAGAUUUCAUGGAGGACCCGAAAUGUGCUGUCUGUGGAGCGCCUGCGGAGAAACGUUGCUCGAAGUGCAAGAUGGAAUGGUAUUGUGGAAGGAAAUGUCAAGUAGCAGCAUGGAAGAAGCACAAGCCCUUUUGCGAAAUGAUCUCAGGACUAGCUGAUGAACGCAAAGGGAGCGAGGGGGCUCCAUGUACUAGCAACGAGGAUUCUGCUCAAAAGAACAGCUAUCAUCAAAUAGAAAUUCUAGACUGAGUACAAGUUUGUCUUCAAC